UUUCAAAUCUCUAAAACAUAUUCCGAUCCCGAGGGACGGUUUAUAAUAUGUGAUCUGACAGUAAAUGGGAAACAAUUAACGUUGACAAACAUUUACGCUCCAAACAACGAUGAUUCAAAUUUCUUCACCUCGGUUUUUAGUCAUUUGGCUGAUUUCAAGUGCGACGAGAUCAUAAUAGGUGGCGAUUUCAAUUUAGUUUUGGAUGUCGAAAAAGAUAAAAAGGGUGGCCUUGCAAGGACUCAUAAAAAAUCAUUGGAAGUUAUCAAUAGCGCCUCUGAAAGCUUAGAUCUGAUCGACGCCUGGAGAGUUUUAAAUCCUGAUUCUUCCAAAUUUACAUGGAGACAGAGGAAGCCUGAAAUCCACUGUAGACUUGAUUUCUUUCUAAUUAAUCAAUGCACUUUCUGUAAUAUUAUUAAUGCAGAGAUAUUAGCAGGCUACAAAACAGAUCAUUCUAUGAUCACCUUACAAAUUUCUUUACACUCCAACACUAGAGGCCGAGGUUUUUGGAAACUAAAUACCUCCUUCUUAACAGAAACAGAAUAUGUCAACCAGAUUAAG